GUUCUGAGUGGUACUGUUGCUACAGUAUGUGGUUGUGUUCUGGGAUUCCCAUGGAAACCCACAUAGCUACAGUACUUGCAAACAACCACUCAAAUGGAAUUGUAAAAAUAACAAAAUCUCUAGCGGUGCAGAAAUGACACGCUUUACCUUCAACUAAAUGAAAAACAUCAAUGUUAAGCCAUCAGCUGACUUUACAGGAGUUCUUCUGAACUUAUCAGACAGCAGUUUAAUGAGCCACAACCCCAGUGGAGUUAAACAUUGACAGCAGUCCAGAGUUGUUGUGUGUCUGAGUGUAUCAGUAACCCCUUCAGCUGUGUUUCCUCACUUAACAGGAUCCCUGACAGAAAUCAAACCCUGCUGAGCAAACAUCAACACAGCUACGAGCUCCUCCUCCUCCUCCUUCUCUAGUGACACAAAACCAGACACAAAGCCUCGCCGGGGGGAUUGAUUUCAUAGCAACCAGCCCUGGCGUUCCCUCCCUCUCCUGAGCGAGAGGGCGGAGCCUGGGAACAGGUGAACACCUAUCAGCUCCCAUUCCAGCGGGAUGCCAAACCUCACAGUCAAAACCAGUCCUCACUCUUCAGGCUCCUGGAAUCAUGGCGAACGGCGCGCUGGAGAUCGUGGGAAUGUGUGUGAGCCUGAUCGGCUUCGUCGGGGUGGCGGCCAGCACCGGGAUGCCGAUGUGGCGUGUGACUGCAUUCAUCGGGGAGAACAUCAUCGUGAUGGAGACCCGGUUCGAGGGCUUGUGGAUGAACUGCUACCGGCAGGCCAGCAUCCGGAUGCAGUGUAAGGUGUACGACUCCUUGCUGGCUCUGUCCCCUGACCUCCAGGCUGCUCGGGGGCUCAUGUGCUGCUCCGUGGCAUUGACUGGGCUGGGUUUACUAAUUGCCAUCGCUGGGAUGCAGUGCACGGCAUGCAUCCAAGGAAACGACCGGGCCAAGCGGAUGGUUCUGAUCAUCUCUGGAUGCAUGAUCCUAGCGGGCUGCUUCUGCUGCCUCAUCCCUGUCUCCUGGACCGGACAUGUCAUCAUCCAGGACUUCUACAACCCGUUGCUCAUCGAUGCCCAGCGUAGAGAACUCUGGGAAGCGUUGUACAUCGGUUGGGUGUCCUCUGCUUUCUUAUUCGCUGGCGGGUGCAUAUUCACCUGCUGUAGUGGCUCCCUGGACGAGGGCCCGGAUCCCAGGUACAAGUACACCAGGAACGCACCCAUGGCUUAUCAGCCACAGCCCGUGACCUAUCACCCCCAACCGCACUUGGUGUACAGCCACCCGUCCGGGCCACCGUCAUUCAUAGAGCAGUCAUACCAGCCUUCCAGACAUCAGUCAUUCAUUCAUCCGUCCAGACAGCAGUCAUUCAUUGAUCCAUCCAGACAGCAGUCAUUCAUUGAUCCAUCCAGACAGCAGUCAUUCAUUGAUCCGUCCAGACAGCAGUCAUUCAUUGAUCCGUCCAGACAGCAGUCAUUCAUUCAUCCGUCCAGACAGCAGUCAUUCAUUCAUCCGUCCAGACAGCAGUCAUUCAUUCAUCCGUCCAGACAGCAGUCAUUCAUUCAUCCGUCCCGACAGCAGUCAUUCGUGCAGCCGUCCCGAUAUCCAUCCACCCGCAGCGCCGUCGAUUAUAUCUGAAAUCCAGCUGGAUGUUUCACUGGCCUGUGUAUUUGUGUUUGUGUUUGUUUUUGUGUGUUAGAGAAAGAUGGAAAGGAUGGACUUCUAACCAAAAGUAGGAGCAGAUAUGAGAUGGAAAGGACAGACUUCUAACCAAAGAAACAACAACAAUGAAAAAACUGUAACAUUUAAACAGUUUUAAU